UUUGUAAACAAUAAACAGUGGUCAAACAAGUACAGUAUUCACACUUACGAUAAAGAAAAUAUGAUAACUAAAUUCAGGAAUUUGACUUACAGCCGCUUGCUAUUUGCUCCUCCAGUAGUUCAUGAAACCAAACUCUUUGAUUAAACUCACCGGCGAUGCAUCAUCAUAUCAUCAUCACGGGAGCGAGCACGUCUAAGCUCCGCCUUCUCCUCAACUUUGUUGACAGCUGCGGAGACGCGCCAGAUCAUUCUCUCGCAGCAUCUUUCUAAACAACAUGACUGGACUAAACGGACAGAGAAUGGACGCAAACGUCGUUGUUCUAGGCACUGACAAUGUUGGUAAAUCUGCUCUCAUUGUCCGGUUCCUGACUCGCAGAUUUAUUGGGGAAUAUGGUGAUAUCGAAUCGUUUUACACUCACAAUAUUGUUGUGGAUGGACGAGAGCAAACUCUGAAUAUAUGGGAUGCGCCGUAUUCACAGGACCCAUCCUUCGAGACUCUGCUGUGUGAGAAAAGACUUCAGUGGGCGGACGGUUUGGUGCUGGUCUACAGCAUUUGUGACAGAGCCAGUUUCAACACUGUCUCCAGACUCGUUCAUACAAUAAAAACCACCAAAGACUUUCUGGGCUUUGAGAAGAUGCCCAUAGUUAUAGUAGGAAACAAGAGAGACCUGCACCAUCGCCGUACAGUGCUUAGUGAGGAGGGCCGGCUGCUUGCACUCUCAGCGGAUUGUCAGUUUUAUGAGGUCUCGGCUGCUGAGAACUACCACAGCGUUCUCAUGGUUUUCCAUGGGCUGGUGGAUCGUAUCAGAGAAUCCAGAGUGUCUGUGAAGAAGUUAGCAGGCAUUAAGGGAAUUGUGAAGAGCAUGUCUGCAGUGUUUGCCCGCAGGCGAACAGAUUCACUGUGAAGCUGAUGGGAGUUCUGGAAAUAAAGCCUAUUAGGUCUGAUAUGACCUAUUUUAGACCCACUGAGAGAGAUGAACCCUGCUCUCGUUCAGGACCUCUCAUGUAACUACAGCUGGACCUUCCGCUUGGGCACUUAAGAGGUUGCCCUAACAUGUCUGCCAAGGUGAUGGCUUCCACUGAGAACAUGUUGAAUAUAGGGAGCUGUCAAGAAAAGUGAAAGUCCAUUGUCUGGGGAGAAAUAGGAGAAAUAAGUGUUUUAGGGUGUGUUCACACUUGGCAAGCUUGGCAAUGUGGUUUUCAUAAGAGUUUGAAAUCUUUAAUGUGACCACAGCUAGACCCUCUGUAUGAGCAACUAAGGCUGCAUUUACAAAAAUGCAAGUGUUAUCUUAUAUGGAGUCUUAGACUGAAAAUGCUCCUUGUCCAUACUGGUGUUUUUAUACGUUUAAAAAACAAAAACAUGUCCACACUAUAAAAUAGAAAAAACAAAUGAUACAGUGCUCAGCAUAUAUACAGUAAGUACACCCCUCACAAUUUAUAUU